GCAUUUUUCCGUGGAUUUAUUCAGAGACAGAAAUACCUUCAGUGCAAGUUUUCUGCUCUAUUAAUACAGCAGCACUACAGAGCCCAUCAGAUGCGAAAUAUUGAACAACAAAGAUACCAUCAAAUGAGAAGAGCUGCCGUUAGAAUUCAGGUAUCAUAUAGAGGAUAUAAAGCCAGGCAGUGGGUUAACAAGAUGAGAGCAGCACAAGUAAUUCAAGCCUGGUUUCGAGGCUGCAGAGCACGAAAGGAAUAUGCAUCUGUGGUAAAAGCUAUACGUGUUAUUCAGAGUCACUUAAAAACAAAACAGCAGCGGACACGCUUUUUGAAGAUGAAAUCCUGUGCGCUUACCAUUCAAAGAAGGUGGAGAGCAACCCUUACUGCACGAAUGAUUCAACAUCAGUUUCUGGCCACUAAGAAUGCUGCAGUUACAAUUCAGUUGGCAUAUAGACAGUACAGGGCUAGAAGACUUUUAAGAAAGAAGCUUCAAGCUGUGUGUUUGAUCCAAAAAGCAUACAGAGCUUUCAAGGCAAGAAGGAAACUUGUUCAACAAAAAGCUGCUGCUCUAAUUAUCCAAAAACAUCUCAGGGCUUGGCAGGAAGGCAGGCUUCAAUUUAUGAAAUACAACAAAACUAGAAGAGCUGUCAUUAAACUGCAGGCAUUUAUACGGGGUUAUUUAGUCAGAAAAAAGUUUUCAGAACAGAAACAAAAGAAGAGACUACUUUAUUUUACAGCAGCUGCAUAUCAUCAUAUCUCUGCAAUUAAAAUUCAAAGGGCAUAUAGGAUUCACCGCAUCUUAAAAGUUGCACAAAAACAGAUCUCGUCUGUUCUUAUAAUACAG